CGUCAUUUCCAUCUUGACUCUGUACCAUCAUCACCGACAGCGAGACAGUCAUCCCUCCACCGCCAUCAUGGCGCCUGACAGCACAGCUGUCGAGAAGGACAAAAACUCAAUGUGCAAAGCGAUGGGCGCCCUCUUCCUCCAGCACCGAGUAGCGUGUAUGGAAAAGGAGGUGGAAGCGUCCAAGCAGGAAAAGAAUCGGUGCUCCAUCGGGAGGAGGCUCAACAAGGGGAAGGAUGCACAGCAGGCAGCAACCGCGACUGCUACAUCGUCGUCCUCAAAGACAACGCUUGCGGCAAGUGACGGGCUGGCCUCCAGGGCAUGUAGAGGCAGAGCUUCCAGACUCAAGAAUGAGGCCUCUCACAGCGCCACAAAUGCCCAUCCGGCAUCCAAGGUCACUGUAGUCGACUCGAGCGUUCUCAUCUACUCGCUGCGCACCGUUCAUCAAUGGCUCAAGACCGGUGAUGUGCAGGUGGUAGUGCCCUUGGAGUCCAUGCGCACCCUCGACCUCCUCAAGAAUGGUGAUUCUCCCAUCAACGUCGCAGCAAGGAAGGCGGCCCGCUUUCUCGAGGACAACUUCUGCCAAACUGCUGCUCAGACGAGCCUGUCGGCCGGCCUCUUGCCUCAAUGCGACGGUAUGCAGCGUCUCGACGUAGAGCAGGCCAGACUCAUCAGCGGACACGGCGAGGACGACGGAGACCAAGACGACCUGGCCCGCGCUCCUGUCUGGGUGCGCGAGUCCCUUCUUUGCGCCCUCUGGCAUCAGCAAAAGGUUGCAGCUCUCCCGUCCUCCGCCACCUCAUCUAUGCGACCGAAGUUCGCACUCGCGCUCGCCUUUCCACCUCCCCAACAAGGAGCAGCAACACCGGUACGCUAUGCUGAGCGAGCUGACGGUGCAAACGUCUUAUCCUGGACUGGAGCGUACGGUCUACGCCAAUCUGGGAGUGGAGACGACGAGAACCAAGAUGCGUCAAUCCUCAUUGCGCCGACUUCGACGAGUUGGCUCGACUUGGCAAAUGGCAAGCGUGGUUGCCCGCAGCAAGGGCGAUGCCAUAGCGAUCAAGGCGCAGGACCUCAUCCUGGUACGGUGAUGCCUUCGCCGAAGCAGGGCCAUGAUCAUCGGUAGCCCGCCAUUCUGCAAAGAGAGAUCUAGCCUCUUCUCACCCUCCGCCCGUUCCAUUCUCUCCUCAUGUAUACCAGCGCUUUCCUCACGCGAUCUAUACCCCAUUUCAGCUCUG